CAAGCAGAGAAGCCAUUCCGUUGUUACAAAACGUAGAAAGCGUGUAAAUUAGCUUCACAAGCAACUUUACAUUUUAUUUUAAAGUUUAUUUGUGAAGCAAAUACCAAGGCAAUUGAUGACCGUGUGCAUAAACAGUUUACAAUUAUAAUACAUUAAUUGGGAAAAAGGAAGUCAACGUCAUACCGUAUCAGCACUUGCAUACGCAGCGGAAGCAGCAGCAGCACCAGCAGCAACAAUAACAACAACAACAACAACAAUAGCAAGUGUAUAGCAAUAACAAAGGCAAACGGCGCUUUUUUGUGUCUCUGGCGAACAACAAUCAUAACAUUCGGACUGAGAUUUGUUUUUAUAGCGCACACUCUCGUAAACAAGUACACACACAAUCAGCAGAACUGCAAAUCGAAUUAAAAAUGUGUUGACCUCUUUGCGCACACAUACACACGCAAAAUAACAAACACACACGCACACUCAUAACGUUGGAACGCGGUUCUUUGUGGCGCCCGGAGCGUCACUACCUCUCCCGCCCAUCAGUAGACAAACGUGCAAUUGUAAAGCUGUGCAAUGUCGUUCUCUGAUUUCGAUGCCAUCUAUGAGGAUGAGCAGCUGGAUGAUCUGGAGCACUUUCAGGAUCAAACAGUGAUGCCAGUGCCCGAGCCUAUUAUCAUACGCGGUGCUGGCAACAUGACCGUAUUUGGCCUUAGCAAUCGUUUCAACACCGAGUUUCCUUGCGGACUGCUCUCACGCGUUGCGCCGGAGGAAUUCAAAGCGACCAUCAGUCGCAUCAAUGGCAUUUUGAAGAAGACCCUGCCCCUAAAUGUCAAGUGGCUUUUCUGUGGUUGUGUCUGCUGCUGUUGCACGCUUGGCUGCUCCCUUUGGCCCGUUAUAUGUCUAAGCAAACGCACACAAUUAACUCUGGACAAACUGCUGGAGUGGGAGAACAGUCACCUUUAUCAUAAGCUAGGUCUACACUGGCGCCUGCAUAAGCAACAAUGUGAUUCAAAUUCAAUGAUGGAGUAUGUUAUCUUAAUUGAAUUUAUACCCAAGACGCCCAUUUAUCGGCCCGACUAGAGACAUUUGUAGCUAUUGGGUUAUUUGGGUUGGGUUCGGGGGACAGGGAAAUGGGGUCCUAAAUGUAAUUGUAAAAUAAAACACUAGCAGCUAACAAUUAUUUUGCUUUAGGCGUUUACUCUUUGUGCAACACUAACUCACAUAUACACAUUUUAAGCUAGAGAUAGUUUAUAUAUAUGUAUAAAUAUAUAGAUUGUACUUAGUUUAUGUAAAUUUGGAAAGAGAAAAUAUAGCUAGUAAGAAGAAAUCAUUUCUCUGCUAGCUUAGGUCGUUUUUUUUCAUUAUUCUCGUUUUAGUUUUUUAAAAAUGAAAUUUGUUUGAAACUAUUGCAAUAUUAAAUACAUUACUUGUUAAGAACAAUUCACUAAAUUAUACUUUGCUCCUUACUUGCCAGUUUGAAAAUAACUUUUUUAAAUGGGGGAUUUUUAGAUAAGACAAUUUUAUUUAUGCAUUUGUUUUCAUUUACAUAAUAAUUUUACUGUUUGCUAGACACGUAUUGGUUUUCCAGCAUUUUACAGCUUGGAAUUGCUUAUAUAUCACUAUAUAUGUAUACUAUAUAUAUAUAUAAGUGUGUGUUUUAGUUUGAAAUUUCUUAAGCUAUAGCUUAACAGCACAAGCGAUUAUGAUAACUUCCAUUGGAACUAUCAGAACAAUAAAUACAUUUUAAAAUUUUA